GUUAUUUUUAAAAAGUCAAAAGUAAAAAUGGUGUUAUAAAGUAUAAAGUUAGCAAGUUGCAAUAUUUAAAUAAAAUGGGGAAAUUGAUUUCAACAAUUUUUGGCAACAGAGAGAUGAGAAUUUUACUUCUAGGUUUAGACGCAGCAGGAAAAACCACAAUACUGUAUAAAUUAAAAUUAGGACAAUCAAUGAGUACAUUACCAACAGUAGGAUUUAAUGUAGAAACGAUAACUUACAAAAACGUGAAAUUUCAUGUAUGGGAUGUUGGAGGACAAGAAAAGAUCAGACUUCUUUGGCGACAUUAUUAUACAGGAACCCACGGGGUGAUAUUUGUAGUCGAUUGCGAUGAUAGAGAAAGGAUCAACGAAGCUAGAGAAGAGUUUCACCGCAUUAUAAACGAUAGGGAAAUGAGAGAAGCAAUCAUAUUAAUUUUAGCUAACAAACAAGACAUACCGGGAGCUAUGAAACCCCAUGAAGUACAAGAAAUGCUUGGUCUGACACGAAUUAGAGAUCGGAAUUGGUAUAUUCAACCCACGUGUGCUACUACUGGAGAUGGACUUCAUGAGGGGCUCACGUGGUUAGUGAGUAAUUAUAAACUAUAGUAACCAUAUUGCGAGAAUUAACAAACUUUUAUAGGUUAAAAAUAAAUAAACUAUACUACUGUU